GCUUUCCGGCAAAGUAGGUUACAAAAAGGUGCGGGUAUCUAGGGAGACAGUCAGAGAGGGGGAACAGUGGUGCUCGGAGGAAGAUGUGACAAAGGAGACCUUCUCAGGUAGCAAAACAUUUCAAUGUUUUGGGGAAUUUAUCGCCAACAGCCAUUAAAAAAUUGAUGAUUUUACCGGGUAGAUAUUUGUAACAUUAACAAAUACGAACAAAUGAUUCACCUGGUAAGACUGAAGUCACAGCUAGCACAUGCUAACAUUCAACUAGCAUACAGGUGACUGGCAACCUGACUGGUUAUCUGUCCAUUGAUUAUCGGUGUGUGACUGACCCCGAAGACACGGCAGAGACGUGAGCUAGCUUCAUGCUAAAGCUACUCUGUUCGUCAUGACCCACUCUUUGUUUGUUUUGGCUGUAGGUCGUUUCAGUUCUCGCUGAGUGUUUGUCUCCAGGUUCAACAUUCCCGCCUGUGUUGGUUAAAACAGCCUGAGUGAAUCGUUAUUAAGUCAAAUUCACCAGCACGACCAGACCCGUGAAGACCUGAGUUAGGUAUUAGGGGAGAGUGGGGUCAGUUGAGCCAAAGGGUAAGUUGAGCCACCCCCUGUUGCUUGGAAAUGGUAAAAGAAAUUGAUCAUGUGACCAAAUAUUUAGGAGAUGGGCAUCAAUUCAUGGAGUCAGUGAAGGUUAGAAGCACAUGAGUGAAGGAGUUAGACAUUUUUUUACAAAAAGAAAACAUUUUUCACUCUUGAAAAUGAAUUUAGUCUGUCAUAAGUUUGAUUAGAAUUGUGUUUAUAUUGUCAUCUUGAAAUAUAUGCAGAUUCAAAAGUUAGAGACAAUACUAUGAUCGACUUGAUGUAGUGAUCCGAAAUAUGAAAAAUGGCUCAUCUUACCCCUCUCUCCUCCCCAAUGGGGAUUCAUACACACCCGGUCUGGUCACUAAGGGGUGAUGUAAUAAACAGAAAUCAACUUAUGUAAGCCCAUUGACUUUCAUUUUCUCUCAGUUUGGAAAGCAUGAGAGAGAGGAGAGAAGAAAGUGUGGAAGAAGACCUCUCUGGGAUGUAUGAUGGAAGGACUGGGAAAGGAGAGAUCCAUAUGCAACUCCCGACCCCUCCCAUGGCCCAAUCACCCCAAAACAGAGCCCCCAACCCUGCUGUGGAAACUGAAGGACUGCUUCUCCACUGAUGAGACAAACUCCCUUUGCCACACAGAUAAAGAAGUAGGUAUUAAUCUGUGUACACACUGUCUAGAGUCUGGAGAUUAUUGUAGUAAUGACUGCAAUUCACAAGAAUGCAUUGAAAAGAAGAAAACUCUGAGAUUUAGUAACGUUUAAACCCUGAAACAGUCUGCGGAAAAUUUAGCCUCAUCUUUAAAAAUCUGUUUGUUUUGUGUUUUAGAACAACUACAUGGACAACAGAAAGGCGGUUUUGGAAUUGAAAGAUGUCCCUCCUCCUCCGCAGCAUACUUCCUCUUCCCAAUCAUCCCAGCCCUUUUCACUUGCCCCUCUUCCUUUGCCUCCUCCCUGCUUGCAUACCCCUCAGAUUACACAAGAUCCCUUGCAACAACUGCCACUGCAGCAGCAGCAACAAGAGGGGGCUAGCCCCAAAGUAAGCACUCAAGUAUUUUCUCACUGUGACUAUUGCAGCACAGACGGUUAUGAGUUAUUAGGUGGUGUAGGUGUUGUUGGUAGCAGUAGUGGCACUGCUGGUGUUGUCUCUUUCUACAUGGACCAAGGCUCUCUAGGAUUGCCCAUGAGCAGCAGCAGCAGCAGUAUUAGCAGGUCUGGCCUUUGCUCUGUAACUUCAUCCGCUCAUCAGUACAAACAUCACCUGAGCUGUGAAGGUGAAGUUCUAGAUCCUUUGCCAGAUCUUCGUCGCAAACCUCAGCUGCUCUCCUCCGUUGCUACCUCUCAGCCUAUUUCAUCACACCCUUACCUGUACUGCUGCUCAGGGCCUCUCCGCACCAACCCACCUGUAUCUCUUUCAUGUAGCCAACCCAGCCUGUUGCCUUCCUCUGCACCCCUUGGUUCCUCUCUGCCUUGUGUUUCCUCUUUAUCUGCUCCAAUGCAUGGUUCUUGCCUGGCCUCCUCUGGGUACUACACCUGUGGUGUAGACUGUUGCCCAUCAGCCAGAAGAUCCCAGAGAAGCACACUCUGUGAUCGCCCAACAACCACCACUAUUACCACUACAGCCACCUCAGCACACUUCUGUUCUAAUCCUGUUCACCUAAACGUAGAACGCACGGUUUGUGUGAAGGGGGCGCACUUCUGCCAGGAGUGUCUGUUAAAGGUUGGUAGAGCUUUUCUCUAGUGUUUGUAUGCCAUGAAGGUCACUGUAGGACACUUAAUCCUAUCGACAUGAACCAACCAAGUAAACUGUCAUGGCUUUGUGUGUGUGUUUAUGUGAAAAAAAACACUGUUAAUUAUAUAGUUUUGCUUUCAAUGCUGAUGUCAACAAUUUGUUUUUAUCCUUAGCCUAUAAAUGAUCUGGCAGUGACGGAGUCUGACAAGGUGUGGCACAAUGUUGCUGUUCCUCAGACUGCUCCUAUCCCCAUCCCUAUUUGUAAUGGUUGUGGCACCUCAUCAGAUGGCAUGAUACUCAUGCCAUCAACCAGCCUUGGCAAGACUGGACAAAAGUACGGUAAGUGGACUUCACAAAACAGUUUGAAGACCUGCAUAUAUGCUCUUAUCUUUAAUGCGAUGUGCUGUGAAUAAACAAAGAAAACCAAAACGCGUCACUGAACACUGAAAUAAGAUGCUUGCAUAGAACGGUUAUUGAUUCUUAAACUUAUUUUCUAAAAGGUUCUCCAGAGAGUUGUGGUACUGAAAAUAUCCCACCGGUGGGUGUCUUCUGGGACAUCGAAAACUGCAGUGUGCCCAGUGGACGCUCUGCGGGAGCCGUGGUUGAGCGCAUCCGCAGCCGUUUCUUUCAGGGACACCGUGAGGCGGAGUUCAUUUGCGUCUGUGAUAUCAGCAAGGAGAGUAAAGCUGUCAUUCAAGAGCUCAACAACUGCCAGGUACAAAAAAUACAAAGUAUGACUAACACCCUGAAUAAAAAGUUAUAAAACUGAGCUCCUGUUUGAUUAUACUAGGCAGAAUUAGUCCUAUUUAACUUAAUCAAACAGUUAUACAGUUGGAGUUAAUUCACCAGGUGUGACUUUUGUAACAUGAAGACAUUCUCAUACUUUCCAUGAUAUACAGCGCUCAGGAUAAAUGAGUACAUCCCUUCAGAGUUGUAGGAAACCUUCAGUUUUCUCUCAAAAUCAACAUUUUCUAUGUCAGAGUAUACUACGAAAUACUCCUCCAAAUGUAGGCUACUGAUUGCAAACAAGAUUUUUGAAGUUGCAAACAAAAAAGUACAUUUUUCUAUUUAAAGUAAGUAAUAUGUUUUAGUAAUAUGUUUGAAAUGACACGAACAUGUCCAGUAAUGUAUCCUUAUCCUCGUUCAUCAGGUUACCGUUGCACAUAUCAAUGCCACAGCCAAAAACGCCGCUGACGACAAGCUUCGCCAGAGUCUGCGGCGCUUCGCUGAGACUCACACUGCACCCGCAACAGUCGUACUCGUGUCCUGUGAGUUCAGCUCAAACUGAUUCUCACCAAAUAAAGUCUCGGAGCCUUGGGUGGUUCUUGUGAAACCAAGUGUAUUUUUUUUCUUCCCUUUUUUAGCGGAUGUGAACUUUGCCAGUGAGCUGAGUGACUUGCGUCAUCGCCAUGGUUUCCAGGUUAUCCUGGUCCAUGGCAACCACACAUCUUCAGCCCUGCUGCAGCACGCCCACUGCCAUGUGGCAUUUCAGGAGAUCACAGCUGACCUGCCACCACGUAUGAUUGUCAAAGAACAGGUAGGCCUCAUAAAUGCUGAGAUUGAACCCGACUUUUUCAUUUCUUUGUUUUCUACUUUUUGUUUUAUAUAUAUGGUAAGUAGACAGAUUGACAGAGGAGUUUUAUUUUGGUAUAAAUGUGCCCAGAGAGGAAGAAAUCAAGGCAGUGUGGAUGUGAUAUUGAUCAUGAAUAGUUGUCCUGAUUCUUACCACUCAGUCUAAACCGUUCUCCAAACUCUUGACUAUCUGAAACUGCUGCUAUCAUUUUUUAUAAGUGUAAUUUUUACAAACCAGACAGGCACACUGUCUCUUCCUCCCCUCCCUUAGCCCAGUUACAACCUCCUCUAUGUGCACAACCUCCCUGUCAACUGUGACAAGAGCCUGCGGAACGCUGUGAAGCUCAGGCUCCGUCGCCUGUCUGACAACUGUGGUGGAAAGGUGCUGGGCAUGUCCCAGGGCACAGCAGUCCUCCGUUUCGGCAGCCCCGAGGCAGCUGCACGUGCUCGCAAGCGAAUGGAAAAUGAGGAUGUGUUUGGCCGCAGAAUCAGCCUCUCCUUCUCCCCUCGGCCUAGAGAUGAAGGAAGUCCUGAGCCUGUGCUCCAGUCCAGGACCCAUCUCUUGCCCCAGCCCCAGGCUCUUCCCCACUCCUAUCAGAACCAGGACUCAGUGUUUGCCCCUACCCCGCCCAUAUCCUCCUUCUCUUUUCUGCCUCUGGAGAAACCAAGGUCACCCAGGAGACCAAGGCGAGCAACCCGCCCCUUCAACACUUCAGGCCCAGUGCCUGAACGGCCCUACAGCCCCAGGAGAGGGUGCAGUGGGCCCCCCGGUGGUGCUUCAGCCAGGCCCCUUCAGGUCAGCAGACUCUGUCAGUGCCUGCUUCCCCGUUGCCCUGUGUUUUUGUUUGGGCUGCUUUUUCAAUCACUGUAGCUUCUCUCCCCUUGACCAUUAGCUGCUGCUGCUUCGACUAACAGCCUGUAGCUGUCCGCUACGCUUCAUUUGUCUGCCUGUGCUAGCAUGUAGCAUGUUUUAGUUGUGGUUAGUGCUUCAUGUCUUCACUGCAUGUCCAUAAAUCUCUCUCGAUAUCCAUGCAUGCAUUAAUGUUUUGUCUGUUUCUCAAGUUUAUCAGUGCUGAUGAACUGCUGCUGUUUUUACCCCCAAAGUCUCCUCCAUCCCUCCUCUCUAUUCUGUACCUGAUUUUGGCCCUUGCAGUUUUCCAUUCUCAUUAAAACUUGCUCUGGUGGCUGGAAUGCUAGGUUUGUCUUUUUAUCAUUGUUUUCUAACGAUGUACACACUCCUAAACUGAUAUUGUUCCUUGCUACUGAAAUUUACUUAGUGUUAUGAAAGAAUUAAAGAGUGGGCCAGAUCUCACAAGAUGGGACCCAGUCUUGUCCUAUCUGUGCAUUUGGAUCAUGGUCUAGACCGGCUCUUUAUGUUAAGUGUCUCAGGACAACAUUUGUUAUGAUUUGGCGCCAUUUAGGGUUGGGCGAUAUGGGCUAAAAGGUUCAUCAUGGUAAGAUUUGCCAUUCUGGCAAUAAUGAUAAAAAUAUUAUAAUUCCAAUCAAUAUUUUUGACUCAUUUUGUCUUGAGAACACCAGAUGGAAUAGUCAAACAAGAUAUUUAACCACAGGUUUGAGUGGUAGGUUAUGGAGAAACUAGAGUCAUCAAACAAGUGAAAACAUUUUCAACAUUUGUUGAAAACUCUUACUGCACAGACUGAACAGCAGCAGAUCCACUGUUGAUGUCAGGCAUACCUUGUUGUGCUCAUCUAAACCCCAAUCUUGAAGGAAGUCCCUCAUGUGGAGCCUCAUUCAGUAAUGAGCUGCUCAGAAACAUCUUCUUCAUUGCCUUCGGCCAUGUUUGUUUGUUAUUCUGCUCUGUAUGGGCUUUAGCUGGGAGUCGGCUGCUCGCGCUUACGUCAUCAACUUGUAAUAUUUUUAUCAUGGAGGAUUUUUCUGACGAUAUAUCGUGAACAAUAAUUUAUCACCCAUCCCUAGGGCCAUAUUAAUAAAGAUUGAUUGAUGAUUGUGUAGUUGGGCUCUAAUGAGGGAUUGGCAUUUUUAUGUUAUGGAAAAUGUCAAUCAGAAGUUUGUCCAUCAUUUGUCUCAGUCAGACAAAAAAACAAAAACAUUGAAACUUCAUGGUUAUUAGGUCAAAAAUAUAGAUAGUUUCAAAUGACAAACAGCACUGUAGAAAAACAGCUAGUGUCAAAGAUGUAAAUAAAACACACAGCUGGUCAGCUAGCUGCUCGGCUCCAAAGUUCAGCACUUGUCAAUGAGGUCACAUGACUAAUCUCAGCUAUAAAACUGUCCUUGCUGAAUCAUUAAGGUGAUAUGUUUGCCCUUUUAAUUAGGUCCUUUAUAUUUCCAGUGAGUGGGUGCCAAGUUCAAGUUCAGUCUUCCAGUGAAUCAAGCUAAACAAAUCAGUGCUCUCAGACAAAAACAAAUGUAUAACAUCUGCCAUUUCUGUCUCAUACAGGAGUCAGGUAAUUUGGAAGGUAAGCCCAGAAUGGGUUUCCUCAACCCGGAGAAAGGACGUGCCGCUUCCUCUUCCCCCCAGAGUAAUGGAGAGACAGGCUCCCUGGAGCGACUGCCAAAGCCCGGCCUUACUGGAGAAUACAUUUACAGGAGGAGGUACAUGACGCCUGAUAUCAACAUACAACUCUAUACCUCGAGCAUGUUUUUGAAAGUGCCAGUGCAAAUUAUCGCCAUUCUUUGCUCUCAUUUUAAAGAAGGAUAAGAAGGUCAUUGCUACUGUUUUCUUACCACAAACUUUUUUUAUAACUGGAAAUGUCAGCUGUUUAAAUUAGAAAUUCAUAUCUAAAUAUUAUUUAUGAUAACCCUGAGUGAGGAGAGGUGGGACAGGAGCCUUCAUCUUACACGUUUCACACUAGAUGAGACACUGACACAGGGCGCAUUCACAUUAGGACGGUUUGGUUUGUUCUCAGGGGACCAUGGUCCCCUUACUCUUUUUGUCUGGGUGAUAUGAACGCACAAGUGAACCGUGGUCCGGAUCAAACAAACGGACCAUGGUCCUCUUGAAAAUGUAGGACUCGGUCCCCUUCCAAAUGAACCUUGGUCCGGUCUGCGGCAACACAGCGCUGAUGCAGCCGGACUUUUUAUAUGUCAAUAUAAACCAAUAACACAUUUACUCUGUAAUAAAGCCGGAAAAUUGUGCCCAGCUGGAGUUUGCAGCAGACGGAGAACAGCAGGUCAAAACAUCAGACUGUCCGUAAAACUGCAUGAAUAGCAGUAGGGUGGUGUUAAAUACCUGUUGUUUGUGCUGGUAAUCCUAAGAUUGGAGCUGCAUGUUAGAUUUUUAACUUCUGUGCGUCAACAUCCGUAAUUGAAACACUGUCGACUGGAACAACUUCAACUAAUGUUCUAAGGUUCUAAUGUUGAAACACGACUGCAGGUUUGUUGAUUUACUUUUUCACCUUUUGUAUGUAGAAGAGAAGGAUCGAACCCUCGCAGCGUGACUGAAUCUCCUGUAGAACAAGGGGACAGGAGCUCAGGAGAGUUCCAGAUCAGUACACCCUCUGCUUUCAGCAAGUUGAACCUACACAGAAGCUUCAGUCCCCUUGUCCUGUCCCAAGGCUCUUGGUCGUCCAGGUAACAGGUUUAGUUUAAAUCAGUUGUCAUCAGAUUGGCCAAGGACACUCCUCUUAUACUGUAAGUUUUAUGUUUUCUGCUUUCUCUCAUUCUUUCCUAAGGAGUGCAUCCCCCUGCCUGUCAAGUCGGUCGUCGCCCCUCCUGGCUGCCCCUCGUAGCCCAUGCCCUGAACGUCCCUCUGAGCCUUUCUCUGAUGGCGCGGAGGUCCAGGUGGCCAACCUGGACUACAGAAUGUCCCGUAAGGAUUUGCAGCAGACUCUUCAUGACACGUUCUCUCGAUACGGACGGGUAAGCAGUGACUUUGACCAGUCUACAUUAUCUUGUCUGAUCCUAAAAUAAAACAUCUCUAAAAAUUAAACUUUGAAGGCUCGAAGGUUUAUCCCCGUCUCAUCGUGAGAUUUCUUUUUGUCCAGGUGAAAGCUGUGGAGCUUAGCCCCCACACGGACUACCAGCUGAAGGCCACAGUCAGGAUGUUGUCCCUUCAACAGGCCAUAAGCGCGAUCAGUGGUCUGCACCGUUACAAGAUCGGGGGAAAGCGCAUCCAAGUGUCUCUGAUCACAGGUGGCGGCAGCAAAUCCCUCGCCUUGCUCAGGUGCAGUCAGGCAUAGUCCAGUCCAGGGCUCAUGGAGCUUCUGAAAUUUGGAUACCAGCUACCAGAUUGUGGUUGUGAAAACUGCUUUUUCUUUAUACAGCACAGAGAUCAUCAGCGUUCUCCAGGAUGCACCUGCCAACUGCCUCCCCCUCUUUAAAUUCACAGAGAUCUAUGAGAAGAAGUGAGUUUUUCAGUCAUAAUUCAUCGUUAAGCAGCCCCAGAAUUUAAAAAAAAGGUGAUUGUUGUUGUUUUUGCUGAUAAAUUGCAUCCCUCUUAAUGAUCCCUUCAGAUAUUCUCGUAAGCUUGUGGUUGGGGAUCUGUACCGGCUCCCAGAGGUGGUGUCAUUACGAGAACAGGGAAGCUCGAGGCUUGUGUGCCUUUUGCCCAGCAGCCAAAUCCGCCAGAGUCCACUUGGAUCUUCCCAGUCCCAGGAGGGCUCCUCCUCUGCUAGUGGAAGCCCUGUGGUGUUUGAGGAGCUGGAGUACCAUGACCCCGUGUGCAGACAACAUUACAAACAGCAGGACUUCAGGUGAUCAGAGUUUGUUUAUUCUCUGGACUGUUCAGGUUUAGCUCUCAGUUAUGUUUCCUCGUUGACUUUCAGCUUCUAUUUUUUUCUUAUUUAGUGAGGCCGACUUUGACCCUGACUCCUACAAGAUACCGUUUGUUCUGAUGUCUUUGAGCACCUUGACCUCUGAGAUACACAGUCUGUUGCAGUCGCAUGAGGGAACCCUUCCUUUGCUCAGGUAUCGGCUCAGCUCUUAAAUUCUCAUGUUAACCUUGUUUUCAUCAAACAGCAGUUAUUUGAAGAGUAAGCCGUGUUUUCCUUUCAGUUUCCCAGAUUGCUAUGCAGCCAGAUUUAAUACUCUGCAGCUGGGCAAUGAGACGCUGGAAGGUGGUGUUCCCCUGGAGCAUCUCCUCACCUGUGUUCCCAGUAUUACCAUAGUCACAGCUCAAAACGGCUUUAAAGUCAUCAAAUGGAUCCACAACAAACCGCCAGCACUGAACUCUGGUAAGAACAUCCAAAUUCUCUAUUAAAGGGAUAUUCCAGUGCAAUUACAAGUUCAAGUCAAACACCGAGUUAGAUACCCCCUCGAGAGAUGAAUGUUGCUGACUGCUUGCUCCUCUAGUUAUACCAAUUUUGGCAAUGACUACAUGAUAGCAAUACACAGCGGUCUAUGUCUCCACGCGCAAACCUCAACCGGAUGCGUUAGUUCUUCUGCCUCAGCAUCUCGGUGUGAUUGGAUUUCCAUGAAGAAAUCAUCAUAAAUGUUCUUCCUUGAGCUGCGAAACUCCGCUGCACUCGGUGAUCGACUCAUCAGGGCUCCCCCAUCAGGCUAUUGAUGAAGUUAGGUGCUGUUCUGAGCAUUAUUUGUGGCUUUAGAGUGGCUUUUUGGUUGAGGUUUGUACAUGGAUCCAUAGACCGCUGUGUAUUGCUCGCGUGCGGUCGUUACUAAAGUUGGUAUAACUAGAGAAGCAAGCGGUUGGCAACAUUCAUCUCUCAAGGAGGUGUCUAACUCAGUGUUUGAUCAUAACUUAAAUUUACACCGGAAUAUCCCUUUUAAAUUAUUUUUUUAUGUUGAUAUUGAUUCAUGUACAGUUCAGUAGGAUUUAGCCUUGUGUGUCGAUUUUUGACCUGUAGACAUAACUGUAUAUCUGAACACGCAGAACCCUGGAUUCAGCGCUGCAAGAGUCCAGUCGGCAACCCACAGCUCAUCCAGUUCAGCCGAGAGAUCAUCGACCUGUUGAAGAGUCAGCCGUCUUGCGUCAUGCCGAUUAGCAAGUUCAUACCUUCAUACCACCAUCAUUUUGCCAAACAGUGUCGUGUCUCAGACUACGGUUACUCUAAGCUGCUGGAGCUUCUGGAGGCCGUGCCACAUGUUCUACAGGUACUGAAGAUAAUCAGGACCAGCGUUUGUGACCCCUAAUUUAACGCAUUUUACCACAUAAACAAAUGAAUACUUUGCAAUGUUUUCCAUGUGAUGUCUUUAAUUUUUUUCACUAUCAGAUCUUGGGAAUGGGGACCAAACGUUUACUGACUUUGACCCAUCGUGCUCAAGUGAAGCGUUUCACUCAAGACCUGCUCAAGCUGCUGAAAUUUCAAGCAAGCAAACAAGUGGCAAUAAAGGACUUCAUGCAAGCCUACCACUGGUCAGUCCACACUGCUUUAGAUUAUUGAUAUGAUGGUGAUGCAGAAAAAAAAAGUCCUUUUCAGACAUGGAUCAUCUCUAUUUUUGAUAUUUAGUAAUGUGUUUUGAUAACCUUGUACUCCAGGUGCUUCUCGAGGGAUUGGAGGGUCAUUGACUAUGGUGUAUGUGACCUAAUGGACCUGCUGACUGAGAUCCCUGACACCACCAUCACUAUUACACAUCAGGACACAGACACGGUCAUCUCUGUUCCUAAGAGAGGUAACUUGAAAUCAGCAGAGGUGCAAAGUUAAAAUGAAUCUGUCAUAAUAGAAGUUGAAUCUAAACAGCUCAAAAAGUUGUAAAAACACAAUUUAUCAUUUUUUUCAUGAACCAAGUGUCACUAUUUUUCCUGUCAUUUACCUGCAGAGCGAACAGUAGAAGAAGUGGAGCGCACAAAGCAGUUUGGAAAAGAGGUGGUGGACCUUCUCCGUCACCAGCCUCACUGCAGGAUGCCCUUUAGCAAGUUCAUCCCCACCUAUCACCAUCACUUUGGUCGCCAGUGCAAACUCAGCUACUACGGCUUCACCAAACUCAUGGAGCUCUUUGAGGCGAUCCCUGACAUCCUAACAGUAAGUUGUCUGUCCUUCAACAGUUUACUGAAUUUAGCCCAUAAUAGAUAUUCUGGUAUUCAAGGUAGUUUAAACAGCCCAGUGUGAUCAAGUAUCCAUGCCUUACUCCGUCUCGGCCUGAACCGUCCUCCAGGUGUUGGAGUGCGGUGAGGAGAAAGUGCUCACUCUAACAGAGGUCGAGCGCAUCAAGGCUCUGGCUGCUCAGCUGGUUAAGCUGCUCCGGGCUCAGAAGAACUCGAGCCUCCCCGUCACCCAGCUGCUCACUGAGUACAGCAAGACUUAUGGAUAUGGUCUACGCCUGCAAGACUACGAUGCCAGCUCCCUGCCAGCUUUGCUCACUAAACUCUGCCACGUUGUCAAGGUAAGAACACACCUGAAACACACCAGAGGAUUACUUUUUUUUUCUAUUUCCUUUCUUCCUCCUAAGUAAGUUUUUGUGUUGAGUUUGUUUUAGACUAGAUUAGAUUAGACUUACUGUAACUUUUGUAACAUCAUUUUGUAGCAGUGAGGUCAAAUCCACUCCCUGUUAAAAUUAACGUCAGUCUUGUUUGGUUUAAGUUUUCUUUAUUUGGUUAUACUUCCAACCUGACAUCCACUAAAACAACUAUUUAGCUAUUUAUCCUCAUCUUUUGAGUAUGGGAUAAUGUCUAUAACAAGAUAGGGCUGGGCGAUAUGGCCUUAAAUCAAUAUCAUGAUAUAUUGAUCAGUUCACCUCCAUAACGGUAAAUGGACGAUAACUACUCCACAAGCUGCUCACCCCCUCCCACAUUAACUUCUUCUACUGCGGCCGCUACAACUUUUGAACCGUCCUCCAUCUCCUCACCUGUCUUUCCCUCUUUAUUACGGACUGGAUGAGGUGUAGUCACGUCUUUUACGUAGGACAGCGUCUCAAAGGGACAUGGUUAUUGUCGUAAAUUUCAGUAUUGGUAAAUUUUCGGUUUAUCGCCCAGCCCUAUAACAAAAUUAGACGGGGUCUUCUUGUUUCACUCUGUCUGGUUUAUCUCUCAUCAUGUUCUUAUCAGACUGUUUAAUGAGCGUACAGUUUUCAUCCAUGCUAGAUUUCCACAGCCUCAAUAUUUUUCUUUCAGUGUACACUCUGAAGAUGUAUAAAAUAACAACAUCUGUUCCAAAGUCCACCUCCCUGUAACUUUUCCUCUCUACUCAGCCAGUCCUGUAACAGCGCCAGAGCCCACGCUGUGUUGCAGUUUGUUUGCUUUCUCUCAGCUCCUUGUGUGUGUUUUCACACCCCUCAUUAGUUUCUGUGCUUUCUUCUCGCUCAGCUACUGAAACUCAGUAACUGUUGUUGUGAGGUAGAUGUGGCAUCAGGAUCAAAUAUUGAACACAGCUGAAUGAUUGUAAAAAAUUUUUAUAAAUGAUGUGACUUGCGAUCAGAAAGUUCAGUUUGAUGAAGUUUUGUAAUAAUAUUGUGUUUUUAAAAUCACUUGCAACUACUUUGUUUCCAUUUUAAAGGUGGUGGAUGGCACUGAGGGUCGGGAGGUUCAGCUGAUCAACAGGAAGUCUCUGCGCUCCCUGACCUCUCAGCUGUUGUGUCUACUUAUGUCCCAAGAAGAGCAGCAAGUCGCCAAGGGUCUCAAAGUCGAAGUGCUGAGCCAGCAGUAUCUAAUGGUUCACGGCGUUGCACUAAAUCCAUGUGAAUACGGGUUCCUGUCCCUCAGCGAGCUGCUGAAGAGCCUGCCGUACCUGGUUGAGGUGAGUGGAAGAGUUCAUUUCUUAUUCUGUUUUUGAAAUUCUGCUUCAGCUACUUCCCGGCAGAACGGUCUCAUUUUCAUAUUUUAUCGUUACAGUUAUACUACGAAGAGACUAAUGAUGACAGCAACGCUGACAGCGGGCGGGGCGAGGAGUGGGUGAGGCUGACCAGGCUGUACCAGUUUGCUCGUAAUGUGCGCGCCCUACUUCACACCUACCACUACAACCAGAUCUUCCUGAAUGAGUUCACGGGAGCUUUCAACAAAUUCACAGGCUGCGUCCUCGAACCUCGCUACUAUGGAUACAUCAGCACUGAUGAGCUGCUUGGAGCCAUCCCACAAGUAAGAUAUAACUACGGAAGAAGUUCCUCUGUUCGUGCGUCAAGAACUUAAAGGGAUAUUGCGGUGUAAAUUUAAGUUGGGGUCAAACACACUGUAACACCUGAGUCAGUAGGGGUGGGAAUCACUAGUGGCCCCACGUUACGAUGUUAUCACGAUACAGCAAGUAUUGCAAUUCAACUGUUUAGCAAGUUUAGCAUUUGUCUUUCCUUUAUGUUUAUCUUAUUUGCGCUGUAUCGUAUUUUCAUGUAGCACAUCUUACAAACCUAAUAUAUUUGUUUGUUUUACUAACUUUCUCCUGCUCUAUGAUGUCACUUCUACCAAACCUCACUGGAAAAACAGUUGAUUUUAUUUUUCCAUUAUCAUAGAUUUGACGUCAUAUUAGCAAUUGAUAUGAAAAAUCGAUACUUGGUAGAUGAGACGAUACAAUAUAUAUCAGCAGAAGAAAUAUCGCGAUACUAUGCUGUAUCGAUUUUUUUUCUCCCACUCCUACGAGUAAGACACCCCCUCAAGAGAUAAAUUUUGCCUAAACACAACUCACCCACUCUCCUCCAGCAGCCGCUUGUUUGUGGGGGAGCCCUGACGAGUCGAUCACCGAGUGCAGCGGAAAGUUUAUGAUUAUUACUUCAUGAAAAUGCAAUCAGACCGAGACACUACGGCAGAAGUACCACGUCUGCAGAGCGCAUACAAGAAACACAAGAACUCUGAUUGCAUUUCCAGUAAUGAUCAUAAAUGUUCUUCCUUGAACUGCGAAACUCUGCUGCACUCAGUGAUCGACUCGUCAGGACUUCCACACAAACAAAUAAACUCUCCUACACUCCUGUAAUCAGUCACUCUUUUCUUUGCACAUUAAAUUAGUUUGAUUUCCUGUCUGCCAUCUGCAGGUGGUGUGGAUCAAAGGUCACGGUCACAAGAGGAUAAUCGUUUUGAAAAAUGAUAUGAAAGGUAACUGUCAUCAACCUCUGUCUAAGUAACAUUCAUUCAGGUUCUCAGCUGCUCUCGGUGGCAUUUACACAUGCUGUAAGCCUUUAAAAAAAAAAAGGUUUUACUGUUCAUGUGAUUAUCGUCUAAACAGCUGAUGCAAAUAUUUGUAUGAAAUGGAUCUUUGAGUGUUUUCCUGCGUGUGUUUUUGUAGCGAGGGCAAGCUCUUCAGUCGCCAACAGCCCACAGCCAGGAGAGAAUACAGAGACUCCCAGAGACAGCCCAGUUAGCAACUCAACAUCCGGAGUCCAGAGUCCAGGUGAGGCAGGGUCAAACAUUUAUAUGAAUCUAUGUCUAUAUUUUAAUUAUACACUGAGGGGAUCAUGAAAAAUAAUCACAGAUUAAAGAUUGUUUUGAACAAUGAAGCAGUCAUAAUCUUCUACCCGCCAGGUUGCGAUGUAGCGGUGGAGUCUGAGCUGCUUUGCCUGACGUCACCAGUCGACCUGCUGUGUGGUCCUGUCCCAUCCUGUCUGCCUUCACCUCAGCUCCACCCAGACCCUGUUCUCCUCCAGCAGACAGACCUGAUUCACUUUGAGGAGAGGACUCCAAAGACAGAACCAGCAGGUCUGUUUCAAGUUUCUGUGUUGUAUUUGAGGUUAUUUAUAAUAAGGAUCUCACUAUAACAGUUAUUUGAUAAAUCCUCCUUAGUCUUGUAGUCCCAGACUAUUAAAGUCUCCCUAAAUAACAAGCCUUUCAGUUUUACCGAGCAAAUCUUGAUACUUGAGACUAAAUUUACUUCCUGAAGUACUGCAGUCAUGCACACAUGUCCUGUUACUAACAAAUACAAUGUGUCAAAUACAGUGUGGUGAUGAGUUUCAAAGGGAUUCUGUACUGGGAUUAUUUACUCCUAUUUUUAUUUAACAAACGUGAAACUUGCUCAUCUUACUCUUUCCCUUGUUUUUCGUCAGUGCUGUGAAUUUUUCUGAAUAUUCACUUCAGUGGAAAAGUCUGAGUAGAGUGUGGAUGAAAGAGUCUGAGAGUGCAGAUUCUAGUGUUGGAAACAGAGUACACUCUUAAUUUCCACCGCAUCUUAAACGGCGGCGAAAAGGCUGUAUGCGCCAAUCGCAUAUGAUUGUUUAGAUUCAAGUUAAUGUUUCAAUUUCCAUUGGCUUCUUUCUGUCCACGGACGCUGCAGCAUGCUGCAUAAAUUCAGCACAGAUUAACCUGUGCUGGAGAGGAAGUCGGGCACAGAAAAUAAAACAUCCAGAUUCCUUUCAUAAUAAAACACAACAUAUUUCAGGUGGAUUGUAUUUCACACCAUGCAAACAUGGUUGGAGACGAACAAGUCAAAUGUUUUCAGACUUCAUUUCACCUCAUCGACACCAUGGAUGAGGAGAUGCUGAUUCAAGAAGUCUAGAAGUGGAUUUCUUUCUUCAGGAGACACAAUUUCCUGCUUAUGGUUAUGUGGUUGUCUGUAUGGAGACAACUCGUUAUUGCAGGACUGCAUGUGAAUCCGAAGGUUCUCGUGAAUUCUUGCGAUUCCCGCUGUCCAAAAUCCAACGCGAGAUCCGCCUCACCAACGCAUCUAGUAGGAAUUGGCAGACCGCAAAAAUCGCUGCAGCUCCAGAUGCGGUGGAGAUUGGGGGUUAGAAUAUUACUCCCGUGUGCGAGAGUUUGCUUCUCAUGCCCUCCACAAGAAGAAACAAAAAAGAGUAACAAAUAGAUGUUAAUGAUUUUCUUACACUCUCAUUCCUGCCUUCUUUGUUUCAUAAGGAGAAAGCUCAGUCAGUACCUGUGUGAGUGAGCAAACUGAGGUCGCUGGUGACACCUCUGAACCACCUGAGCAGCAGCAGCAGCAGCCUGGCAGCACCGAAGACUCCUCAUCAGUCUCCAAACUUUCCCCGUCUCCCGACACGAAGACCACCCUGUCCGUGGACAGUCCCAGCAGAAGAGCGGCACGCAGCAGAAUCAAACUCGCUGCAAACUUCUCCUUUUCGGCCGGCCCCUGAUCCUUUUUUUUCCCACACUCACACAGUAAUACCCUCACAUACGUCUAACUCUGAUAACAUGAGUUGAUCUGCUUCACCUGUUGCACUACGCAGACCCGACCUCAGAUCAGUUUUGGUGUCCCGUCUCCAUGGUUACGGGCUGUUACAUUCUUCUGCUCCCGUCUUUGUUUUACCUACUUCAUCAGCAUGUUCUUCCAAAGAUGCUCACACACCCGUGGUUCUCUUCUUGCAGAUUUUCUGCAGUUCUUUUAUUUGCCAAAUUCAUCAUCUCGGUCGCCUGCGUUUGAUUUCAUCUGGAGGAAAAUUCGACAUGAACGUGUGAGCGUCUUCAGUUCAGAGCCAUGUUUGCUUCCACGCAUGGAGCGAGUUAGCUGUCACUGUACGCCAAGUUUGAAACUCAAGAGAGGACUAAGUUUUCUACGUUUGGAUCAGAGAAAAAUAACUUCAUUCUCAGUUUAUAAAUUGACAAAUUAGCAGAAGGUUAAAGAAGAUGAUUAGUUUAUGUUCCACACUUAGAAACCUUUUUGUUUACUUCUCACAUUGUCCCCGUAGAUGCUGUUUUAAAUCCAACAUUUCAGAUCCAGUCUUUGGUAAAAACUUCUGAGCUUCUCUUUUGAGGUGUAUCCUUGACUUUCGUCUCUUUUAAAAAAGAAAAAAAAAGUGGCCCCGGGACAAUAUUUCAGUUCCUUUAAUGUUCUGCAGAGUAUCUCAAAGUCCGUGGAAGAGCUCGGCCUAAACGAGCGGUUUAUUUAGCGGUAACUCAGUGAUGAGGCUGAAACAGAAAUAUUCCUUUUAACUGUUCAGCUGGUGGCGUUUGAUUCAGGAAACGUUAUUCUUCAAGUACUUUUCAUCUAAUUUAUAGCAGAGAUUUUGGCCCAUUAGCAGCACGGAUAUUGAUGAUACCUGGAAGGAAAAAAAAGAAGUCUUUGAGACUCGAGCGAGAUGUUUGUUCAGGCAGCCGGUGUGUUGUUUUUUUUUGUGUGUUUUAUGCAUGCGGGUUACACUUGAGUAGGUGGUGUGUAAUAUGAACUGGUGUGCAUAACUGAGUUUAUGCAUGGUGUAAGCCCAGGAUGAGCAGACAGGAUCAGAUGAUGGUACAAACAUUCGUUAAGAUCGCACUUUUAUUUCCAUCGUGUUUUAGAGAUCGAACAGUUGGUGUCGUCCUUGCAGUCGCUGCAGAAUCGCUCAAGGUUUUUUGCUUUAACCUUGCUGCCGCUGAUGUUCGUCGCUGUAUUUGUGACAACAUCCAAACUGCUUGAGUUGAAGAGUUUAAGAGGAGCAGUGAGCACUCCUGAGUUUUGAUUUUAACCAAAAGGUGAAUGGUUGUGAGUUUCAGGGGAGGAAAAAAAGCUGGGAUGGGAGAUGGUGACUGUUUGUGGAGCACCACGGGGGGCUGCAAGAAGCCUCUUUAACAGACUGACGUGUACACAGAGGGUCCUCUGAGGCCCUCUGGAACCUGCCGGGCUUUUACAAUGGCUUGUAUUUGCCACGGCGCCAAAGGGAUCGCCAUCACACCUCCCAGUCCCUCACAUCUCACAUGGUGGAGUUUUUACUUACUGACACGUGCUGGUUUCUGCGUUUUCCUCAGUUUUACGGGUUCGACAAGACUGCUGGCUACAGACACGCCACCUAAUGACAGUCGCUGCGAGUGAUGUUAAACACGCCCGCUUAAAGUCAAACGGUUGUUUUGUGUUAAAGGGCAAACGUUCAGAGAAUGGGUAGGGGCCCAUUUGAUCAGUUUCUGUCUAAUUUCUGUGUUAAUCGUUCAAACCAGUGGAUAUUAUCAGAGCACAUUUAUUUGUCAGACCUCAUUUUGACUUUGCCUUUUAAAGCUGAGAGAUUUCACCUGCUGACGCACCAAAAUGUCAAUCGAAAUGUUUUAAAUCAUGGCGUCAUGUCGACUAAAGACUUCUGUCAGGAUACCUCUCGAACCACCGAAUGAGAAAGAAGUAGUCCGAAAAAUGAUUGUGUGUUAUCCAUGAGAGGAAGUUUAAAAACGGGGAGAUGUCAAGAAUUAACUUUGGUGGUGAGAAUAUCUUACUUUAUGAAUCUGAGCUUUCCUCCAGAGCGCUACAGUGGCAACUAACUCACACGAACUGUCUCAAUUUUUCUUUUUCUUCUCGUUUUUCCGGACAAAAUAUGCACUUUUGCAUAGUUUUGGUUCCCAGAACACACAUAAGAAAAGAUCACGGGGAGAUUGAAACGUGAUAACUUAUUUAAGUACAAACGACUCGGCCUUGUUUGUUCAGUUUCAGUGUUCAACAAUGUCCUUAAACUCCUGCCUUGUAACCUUUUUUUAAAUAUUCUUAGGCAACAGUAGAUGAUUUUCCUCCGUCUUACCCCCUCCUGUCGGUUUUACUGCUGCAGAAGUCGCUGUAACAGUCUGUUGUUGCUGAAGGGACCAAAAUGAUUUUCCAAAAAUAAAUUCACAUGCAUUA